CUUAUUUUAACAUCAACCAUUGGAUAGAUUGGAUUUGCUUUUUGUUUCAAUUAAACUGAAAAAAAAAAUCACCAAGUGAACAAAAAACAAUUCAAACGGCAACAAUUAGAUGGAAAACAAUUAACUGUAUACUUAUGGUUUUCUAAAUUGUUACAAUUACAACCCUUUAAGAACAAAACUUAAUUGUCUAAGGUCAAUAAUCAACCGAUUUGAAUUGGAAAAUCUUUUCUUGCUUUAGCUUUUUUUUUACAAUCAUCAUAACGGUUUGCUAAUGCUCAGAGAUAAUCUCAUAAAUUUUGAUUACUUUUGAAAUUUUGUGCCUCCAUUUUAGAUAAUCAAUUCAUCAUAACAUAUAAAUAUAUCUAUUCAACACCUACUCCACCAUCAUCAUCAUCAUCAUCAUGCAUUUUACCGUUAUAUUUGCCUUCCAAAUGAUAAUCGACAUCCUGAUCCGUUUACCCUUCAAUUUUGCCUUUAAAUUUAAAGUUCACCUGAAAAAUGGCCUAACCGCAAGACGACAAAACCUAAAAUCAUCAUCGACAACUACUACUCAUCAUCAUGUUAAUCAUUCUCAACACCAUAAUCAUCACCAUCUUCAUCACUCAAACACUCAAGAAUCUUCACCCGAUUACCUGAUCAAUGAAGUACAAUUAACUUUACUCAAAUAUCUUCCACUUCGAACCAUCUCUCGACUCUGGGGAUUCAUGACAUCUAUUUAUUUACCUACCUGGUUACGACCAUCAAUCCUGGGCUGUUACUCACGUCUAUUUAAUUGUCAGCUAAAAGAAGCUGAAAUUGAUGAUUUCCGUUUGUAUCCCAAUUUGCGACAAUUUUUCACUCGAUCAUUAAAACCUGGUUUAAGGCCAAUAGCUUUAGGAGAUAAUCUUGUAAGUCCAGUUGAUGGAACUGUUUUACACUUUGGACUGGUCAAGGAGGGAAACAUUGAACAAAUUAAGGGUGUUAACUUUACCACCAGGUCAUUUCUUGGACCUCAAGUUUGGGGUUCAUUGGAAAAGGGUGUGAAUAAUAUCAAAUGUAUUGAUAAUGAUGAUGAAACAUUGAACAAUUAUACUGAAAGAUUAAAGGUUAAUCAAGAUAAUUGUCUCUAUAAUUGUGUCAUCUACCUUGCUCCUGGAGAUUAUCAUAGGUUUCAUAGUCCAGCUCAAUGGAAAGUUGCUUUCAGGAGACAUUUUCCAGGUUAUCUACUCAGUGUUCACCCUUCGUUUGUUGGUAGAGUUAAAGGUUUAUUCACAAUUAAUGAGAGAGUUUCUUACCUCGGUUCAUGGGCUCAUGGUUUCUUCUCAAUGACCGCUGUUGGUGCGACCAAUGUUGGAUCGGUCAAGACCUAUUUCGACCCGAGUUUAAAAACAAAUAAAUUCAACUGGAGGAAAACACCUAAUCCAUAUAAUGACAAAGUCUUUGAUGAAUCGGUAAACUUUAACAAAGGUGAUCCAUUUGGUGAAUUUAACUUGGGGUCAACUAUUGUCCUGCUAUUUGAAGGUCCACGUAAAUGGCGAUUCUCAGUUUCACCAGGUUCUAAGGUCAAAUAUGGUCAACUUUUAUUCAAUAACACCAGUUCAACCAAUAAAAUAUCACCAACCAGGUAACAUUUAUCACCUUAGGACUACAAAACUUAUAUAAAUACACAACAACUGACCACUCACUCUCUAUCUCUCUCUCUCUCUCUCUACUAUCCAAAGAGACAAAAUGUCCACUACAAUGUAAUUUUUACUAUCUAAUAAUAUUCUAACUACGAUAACAAUAAAUUAGUGAAACAAUUAACAAAGAAACAAACAAAAAUCUACCUCAAAAUU